AUCGAACCAAAGGCGCGUCAGAAUGGCAAACAAACGACAAAAUCAUUGAAAAAGUCAAAUCUACUUUCACUUUCACAUUAGAGGAAGACAUUUAAAAGGUCAAAAUGCUGAAUAAAUUCAGGGCUUCCAUGGUGUUGAGUGCUGUUGGGGAUGCACUGGGAUACAAAAAUGGAGAAUGGGAGUUCUGUUACAAAGGGUCUGCAAUCCAUGAAGAACUGCAGAAGCUUGGUGGUUUGGGGAAAAUAAAGGUGGAUAAGAAAAACUGGAGGAUCAGUGAUGACACUGUACUGCAUAUUGCGACUGCUGAAGCGCUUAUUUCUGAUUGGUCUGACAAACAUCAACUCUUUCUUGCAUUGGCUCAAGAAUACAAGAAUGGCAUGAGAGACAUGUGGGGACGAGCGCCCGGUGGAACCACACAAGCAAGUUGUUCAAAACUCAGUCCACUGAGGCCUGAUGGGUAUAUAGUACCUUUUGAUACCCGUGGGGGUGGAUGUGGGGGAGCAAUGAGGGCUAUGUGCAUUGGUCUGCUUUAUUAUCAACCUAAGCACCUUGAUGAUCUGAUUGAAGUUAGUGUGGAAAGUGCAAGGAUGACUCACAAUCAUCCAACAGGUUUCCUUGGAGCUCUUGCAGCAUCUCUUUUCACAUCUUAUGCCUUGCAAGACAAGCCUACAAGGGAAUGGGGUGCAGGUCUUAUGGCAACCAUUCCAAAAGCAAUGGAAUAUAUUAAGAAAACUGGACGAGAUUGUAAGGAGAAUGAAGAACAUUGGGCUUACUUUACAGACAAGUGGAAUUCCUACUUAAAGCUUAGAGGUCUAGAAAAGGGAGACAAAGAUCCAACAUUUCCCAAGCGCUAUUCUUGUGGUGACCGGGAUGAAUUUUAUAAAUCAGUCAGUUUCUCUGGGUGGGGUGGUGCGAGUGGUCAUGAUGCACCUAUGAUUGCAUACGAUGCUUUACUUGGCGCAGGGAACUCAUGGGAGGAACUCUGUCAUAGGGGUAUGUUCCAUGGAGGUGACAGCGAUAGUACAGGAGUUAUGGCUGGUGCUUGGUGGGGUGCCAUGCAUGGAUUUGAAGGGGUUCCUAAAGGAAACUAUGAAAAGCUAGAGUACAGGGAGAGGCUUGAAGAUCUUGCCGAAAAAUUGUUCAAGAAGUCUGAAUCACUUAAAUAAACUGUCAGAUUGAAAAUACAUUUAAUUUGUUAUUUUGUUAUGGCUUUGUUAUCAGCUUUGUUAUUUCAUCAUCGUUGAUUUUUGGCCACAAAGCAAGUUAAUUUCAUUGACAAAUACAUUUCAGCUGAAUUUUCUAUUCAAUAGAUUCAGCAUAAACAAAGGUUUACAGCAACACUGGGCAAGGGAUGCAUUGCUUUGCCCUUAAUUUUUGCAGAUAUAAAAUUGCUACAAUUUUCUAGAAAUUCUUCUAACAAAUUCCUGCAAAUGUGCCUAGAUUUAAUGAUCGAGCUUAUAAAUUUGAAGGAAAAUCAUUAGUCCUUUUGGGGAAAAAAGGUAGUUGCUAUGAAAAAAUUUACUAUGGUGCAGUACUACAUAGCCUGAAACUCAGCAAGGCUUAUGAAUGCUACGAUGUAUAUGAGAAGAUAAUACUAGUUAAUAGAUAGUUGACUUAUUUAUCAUAAUUUGAUAUGUAGCUAUUGCUGAUUUUAUUUGACCCCUGUAUAGAAUUUAAUAGAGAGUUCAAGUUUGGGUAUUUGAGGAUAAAAGCUUUCCGUUAUCAUUGUAUGCAUCUAGGAGUGAACACCUGACAUCAAAACGUGUCAACUGGCUAGUGAAACUUGUAUUGUACUUGUAUUGUGAAAUGUUGCAAGACAAGUUGCGGCAAUCAUUGCAAAAAAGUAGAAUUAGUGUUUCCGCUGCGCCAUGUUAACACUCUUGCAAGUCAGUAAUGCUGCUGCAAGACAAGUUGCAGAGUAAAUUAAUUGCUGAUUUUAUAUUGCACCUUUACCUUAACACAUUUCUAAUUUUGUCAUGAUCAAUCUUUUGUAAUGCAUGGUUGGAAGAAAUUAUCAAUGUAAAAAAAGAACGAUAGAAAUAGAUUCUAUUAUGGAUGGUAUAGGAUGUGGGUGAUAAUAGUCUAAUAAACAUAAUUAAUAAUUCAAA